GUCUUCGGACAACCGUCCACGAUGUUCCUUACGAUAACCUUGCUCGCGACAGCGCUCACGUUUAUUUACGUUUACUUAACAUGGUACCACAGCUAUUGGACGAAACGGGGUGUUCCCGGUCCGACGCCAGUGCUGCUAUUAGGUAACUUUCCCAGUUUUAUUCUACGCAAUCGACCAUUCGUCGAGGAGUUCCAAGCAAUUUACGAUAAAUACCGCGCUCGUGCCAAUUUCGCCGGAGUGUUCAAUGGUCGGCAGCCGGCAGUGCUGCUGCAAAACGCUACGUUCGUCAAAGACGUGCUGAUAAAGAACUUUAAGAAUUUUCAAGACAAUGAGUUUGCUGACUCAAUCAACAAGGAGAAUGAUCCUAUCUUUGGUCGUAAUCCUUUCAUGCUGAAGGGUGAAGAAUGGAAAGAGAAACGUGCGGAAGUCACCCCAGCAUUCACCACUUCGCGGAUGAAAGCCCUUUUUCCUUUCGUCGAGGAUGUGUCCCAGCGCAUGAAGCAGUACAUUGAUCGUAAUACUAAUCAACCCAUCGAGACCCGCGAAAUGUGUGCCAAGUUCACGACGGACGUCGUGUCGAGCUGCAUCUUCGCGGCAGACGCCCAGUCGUUCACGAAGGAAAAGGCCGAAAUUCGGGAGAUGGGCCGGAAGCUGACCGACCCUAGCUUCAGAGUUGUACUAAUAUUUUUGCUGAUCGGAAUUGUGCCCGCUCUUAAAAAACUCAUUCCAAUCGCUUUUGUGCCAAAAUCGGUAGAGCGAUUCUUCACCAAGCUGAUGGAAGAUGCUGUUGAGUAUCGCCAGAAGAACCACGUGAAGCGCUCCGAUUACCUCGAACACCUAAUCAAUUUGAAAGCCAAAAAGCAAAUAAGUUCAUUGGAUAUGGCGGCCCAUGCAGUGACAUUUUUCAUCGAUGGCUUCGAAACAUCCAGCCUAGCGAUGAGCUUUGCACUGUACGAACUAGCCCGGAACCAAGCCGUACAGGAGAAACUCCGUGGUGAACUGUUGCAGGCCCGUAACGAUGACGGUUCCAUCGAGUACGAUACGCUACUGGAAUUGCCUUACCUCGAUCAAGUGCUGAGUGAAUCACUUCGCCUCUGGCCGCCAGCGGCAUUCCUUUCCAAAGUGUGCACAGUUCCAACCGAGAUGGAACUGUUCCAUGGCAAAACGGUAUCAAUCGAGCAGGGAAUGCCCGUAAUGAUUCCGGUUUGGUGUCUACAUCGCGAUCCGGAGUACUACAAUGAUCCCGAGUGCUUCAAUCCGGACCGCUUCGCACCCGAAGCCGGGGGUACCAAGUUGUACCGUGAGAAAGGAUGCUACCUACCAUUCGGUGAUGGGCCCCGCCAGUGCCUAGGCAUGCGGUUUGCCCUAAUGCAGGUUAAGCGGGGCCUAUUCGAAGUCGUGACCAGGUACGAGCUUUUCGUCAAUUCGAAGACACUGCAACCAUUAAAACUAGACCCCAAAACAUUCAUCACGGCUCCUUUGAAUGGAUGUUGGCUAGAUUACAAACCGAAAAGAAUCGCAGUGAAACCGCUGAAAAUGAUCCUCACGAUAACCUUGCUCGCGACAGCGCUCACGUUUAUUUACGUUUACUUAACAUGGUACCACAGCUAUUGGACGAAACGGGGUGUUCCUGGUCCGCCGCCAAUGCUGCUCUUUGGUAACUUUCCCAGUUUUAUUCUACGGCAUCGCCCAUUCGUUGAGGAGUUCCAGAAAAUUUACGACCAUUAUCGUUCCGGUGGAAACUUUGUCGGUGUGUUUAGUGCUCUUAAGCCAACGAUUUUAGUUCUGCAUCCGUCGCUCAUUAAGGAUGUGCUGACGAAGAAUUUUAGAAACUUCGGCGAUAACGAGUUUGCUGAUUCGUUCAAUAAGGAAACAGAUCCUAUUUUUGGUCGUAAUCCUUUUGUGUUGAAAGGUGAAGAAUGGAAACAGAAGCGGGCGGAGAUCACCCCAGCAUUCACCAGCUCUCGUAUAAAAGCGCUUUUCCCCCUCGUAGCGGAUGUGUCCCAGCGCAUGAAGCAGUACAUCGAUCGCAACCCAAAACAACCCAUCGAGACACGUGAAAUGUGCGCCAGGUUCACAACGGACGUCGUUUCGAGCUGUAUCUUCGCAACGGACGCACAGUCUUUCACGAAGGAAAAUGCCGAAAUACGAGAGAUGGGACGAAAACUGCUUGAACCGAGCAUGAAAACCGUAGUGAUGUUCGUACUGAUGGGUCUUGUGCCCGCACUUAAAAAACUCAUUCAAAUCGCCUUCGUACCGAAACCGGUCGAGCAAUUCUUCACCAAGCUGAUGGAAGAUGCUGUUCAGUAUCGCGAGAAGCAUAACGUUCAGCGGUCCGAUUACCUCGAGUAUUUGAUCAAUUUGAAGGAUAAAAAGCAAAUAAGUUCGUUAGAUAUGGCGGCCCAUGGAGUGACAUUUUUCAUCGAUGGCUUCGAAACAUCCAGCCUGGCGAUGAGCUUUGCACUGUACGAACUAGCCCGGAACCAAGCCGUACAGGAGAAACUCCGUGCUGAACUGUUGCAGGCCCGUAACGAUGAUGGUUCCAUCGAAUAUGAUACGUUGCUGGAACUGCCUUACCUCGAUCAGGUAUUCAACGAAUCACUUCGUCUGUGGCCACCAGGGUCAUUUCUGUGGAAGGUAUGUACUGUUCCUACGGAAAUCGAGCUACACGCCGGAAAGAUGGUGCCGAUCGAGCAGGGAAUGCCCGUAAUGAUGCCGCUCUGGUGUAUACAUCGCGAUCCGAAAUACUUCGAUGACCCAGAGUGCUUCUUUCCGGACCGUUUCGCCCCGGAAACUGGUGGUACCAAGGUCUACCGUGAGAAAGGCUGCUUUUUGCCAUUCAGUGAGGGGCCACGUCAGUGCUUGGGUAUGCGAUUUGCCCUAAUGCAGGUUAAACGGGGGCUCUUCGAAGUCGUAACCAGGUACGAGCUUUCCGUCAACGCCAAAACGCAGCAACCACUGAAGCUCGAUCCCAAACACUUUAUCUUGUGUCCGCUCAACGGGUUUUGGCUAGAUUAUAAGCCAAUACCACGAACAACUGAACUGUGA